AUGAUCUCAGGUAUCGGUGAGGGAAUCGCUCGCAAUUUCGCAAGCAAGGGCUGCAAUGUGGUCAUCAACUAUACCUCCGCAUUUUCCGAGGCCGCAGCAACAGAACUCGCCAGUGAUUUGAGCAAAGCCUUCGCGGUUCAGGCCCUUCCUAUUAAAGCCGAUAUAUCCUCACGUGCAGAAUGCGAUCGAAUCAUUCAGGUCGCCAAAGAAAGAUUUACAAACCCCGAUUCCAAACGCUUUCAAAUCGAUAUAUUGAUUCAUAAUGCUGCGAUUUGCUUUCUUGGCCCGGUGGAAACAGUCAAAGAACACGAAUUCCACCGGAUAUAUGAAGUGAAUGUUCUUGGACCAAUCCUUCUGAUGGGUGCUUGCAAGCCGUAUCUCCCGACCGACCGCAGCGGUCGCAUAGUCCUAUUAUCAAGCAUCAAUUCCAAGGUGGGGACAGAAGACACGACUCUCUACUCAGGGACGAAGGGGGCCAUAGAGGCCAUGACCCGUGUCUGGGCCCGUGAGCUUGCUGAAAACGCGACUGUAAAUUGUGUCAACCCGGGCGCUGUUGCUACGGGGCAGUAUCUGGCAGCAGCGGAUUAUAUCAAAGAGUCGAUUGCUAGAUGGAAUCCCCUAACACCAUUGUCACCCAUACGAGGUGAUCUUGACACCCCGGAACUGGUGGCGCAUGGAGAAAAGUUUGGUGGUCGCCCAGCUUAUAUUGAAGAAAUUGCGGGAAUUAUUGCAACGAUUUGUAAUCCGGAGUUUGGAUGGUCCACUGGAGGUAUCAUAUCAGCUAACGGAGGUCUAUCUUUCAGUAUUUGA